AUGAUUGCGGUCGGGGGUGUGUCGCUGUGGUUGGGGUGGGUUGGGAAGGUCUUAUCGCGCAGCCACGGGCGGAAUCGUGAGAGGGUCGUCCGCAGCGCGCACGGGCAUGCCUCACCAGACUCCAAAGCAAAGGGUACGCAUCCUCAAUCGGACAGAACGGCGCACCCACACAUCGAGCCGCCCAGCUGCAAUUAUUCGCGGUGUCGCUCAGCACCACACAUUCCUACGAACCGACUAAGAGCCUAUUUCCGUGUCCCCGUUUGCGCCCAUAAUUGCGCGCGCUGGCGAUCGACGCCCUCCGCAUCCCCACAGCCACGAACAACGCGACUGCGGGCCUCUGGCAUCAUUGCCUGGCAUCCCCAACGCAUUUACGACUCCUAUCAGGGCGCAAAAACACGGUACUGGUACGGUAGGCGCCUACACGGUUCGCGAAAACGCGCCACGACAUCCGACGACGCGCCUGCCCACCACCACAUGAACACAUCACCACGGCGGCUCUCCCUCACGCGAACGACGCAGUAGAGACCACAUAUUGCACAUACUACGAACCUGGCGUACCUUGCGUCCAAGCUAGCGGCUGUCGUCUCCUUCGCCAUGGCGGAGCCCGGUAGGCUCAUGGGCCAAACCGCGAGCAACGCCGACCCAGACGACAUCGAUGCUGAUGGCGACUACGAGAUGGACGACGAGUACGAGCAGGAACAGGUCGCAGGUGCACAGAUAUCACAACUUGAUGGCCACAGCACAGACGCCGAAGGCUCCGACGUGGAUGCUGAAGGUGAGGAAGUCGACGACGAAGAGGAUGAAGCCUGAGCCAGUAGGCGCUGUCAAGAUUGCCCU